ACAAACUGACUACGCAUUAUGUUUAAUGAAGUUAUACUAUCUUGGUACAGAAUAUUUUGCUUUAUGUUAGAAAAUUUUCUUUACAAUGUUGUUUAAUGUUAGUGACUUUAAUUUGAUAACAUUUAUGUAGAUAUAAACGUUUAUUGUUUUUAUUUUUAUUUUUAAAUAAAUUUAGUUUAAUCUUAGCUCAAGAGUCGCCAUUUACAAUGAAGGCAACGUUUACCUGGUUAAUAUAUUCAUGUUUAUUUUUCGGAUCCGGAAUUUUCAGUGACACAGAAGAUGCUAAUAUUUGCUCAAUAGACAACGAUGAUAAGUUUUAUUGUUCAAAUGGACUGUGUAUCGAAUGGUCGUGGGUUUGUGAUGGUCGUAAGGAUUGUUUAGAUGGUUCAGACGAGACCCAUGAGCUGUGUGCUCUAUUCGAAUAUGGAAAAAAUAAGACUAUGGAUUGCGGUAGAGUACAUAUUAAAAAUCAAGAUGCAUCCGAAAAAGGUUAUAAGGAAGCAAUGGUUGGAACAGCUCCGUGGAAUGCUGGAAUAUAUCGAUUAAAGAAAGAAAAUUCCAAUUAUGACUUGAUAUGUGGAGGAUCAAUUAUUGCUCCAAAUUUAGUCAUUUCUGUGGCGCAUUGUUUUUGGAAAAGGGGAAUGUUAUCCAAAACCAUAUCAAUAAACGAUGAUAAUCUAUACAAAAUUGCAGUUGGAAAAUAUCAUAAGAAUUUAACAACAAUUGACGAUGUGUUUACUCGAAUAAUCAAUGUAGAAAUGAUUUAUUUGAAUGAAAACUAUUAUGGACCUACUGGGUCUUAUACUAAUGACAUAGCAGUUAUUGUAUUAGCAAAUACAAUUUCUUUAAGUAAUUAUGUGGCACCUGUGUGUAUCGAUUGGAAUCAUAUAUAUAAUGAACAUAAUGAAGCUCAUGGAAAGAUUGUUGGUUGGGGAAAAACGGAAAAAGGCACAUUAAGUCCUGUUUUACUAGAAACAUCUUUACCAUACAUCGACCAAGAAACUUGUCAAAAAAUGUUUACAAACGGAUUUGAACAAUUUGUGACUGUUGAUAAGUUUUGUGCCGGAUCUCAAUUGGUUUCAGGAAAAAAAGAAAAUGUAGCAUUUAGCGGAGCGGGCUUAUCAUUUAUACACUCUGAUUCUUAUUAUCUAACCGGUGUAGCUUGUUUGAUGGAUCCGAAUACAAACGGUUCAAUCAUAGUUUUUACGGAUAUUAAGUACCAUGUUCAAUGGAUUCGUGGACUCUUAAACAAACACGUCAUAGGAAAACUAUGCGUUUUACCAAAAGUUAAAGGAGUUGUAUAUUCGUAUGAAGGUUCUAAUGAAAUGUUAUCUCACGGCUCAUUGAUUAAUCAUAAUGUUACUGUUAUCGAGAACUGUGAAUUUGGAUAUCACAAGGCUUAUCCUUAUGGUUUUAGGGUUUGUCAAGGAAAAGGAAAAUGGUUAUCGAAUUCUGAGAAAUUGUGUAUUAAUUGCGGUAGACUAUACAUUGAAAACGAAUUAUUAACAGAUGAUGGUAUAAUAUCGAUGGUUGGGACAGCUCCGUGGAAUGCUGGAAUAUAUAAAUUCAAUAAAAAAAAUUCCAAUUAUAAUUUGUUAUGUGGAGGAUCAAUUAUUUCUCCAAAUUUAAUAAUUUCUGCUGCUCAUUGUUUUUGGCAAAAAGGAAUGUCAUCUAAGACAAUAUCAAUAAAUGACGGCCAAUACAAAGUUGCUGUUGGAAAAUAUGAUAGGAAUAUUUCAAUUAUAGACAAUGACUUUACUCAAAUAAUAAAUGUGGACAUUAUUCACCUGAAAGAAGGUUAUUAUGGGCCCAGUGGGUUUCAUGCUGAAGAUAUAGCAGUUAUGGUGUUAAAAAACAGAAUUUCUUUUAGUAAUGGUGUUGCACCUGUUUGUAUCGAUUGGAAUGGUAAAUACAAUGUAGUCAAUGGUGAUCAAGGAAAGAUUGUUGGUUGGGGAAAAACGGAUAAAGACAUUCCAAGUCCUAUUUUAUUAGAAGCAUCGUUACCAUACAUCGACCAUAGUUCUUGUCGGAGUAUGUAUACAAACGGAUUUGAACUAUUUGUGACUAUUGAUAAGUUUUGUGCCGGUUCUACAUCAGGUCAAAUAGCGGGUAAAGGAGAUAGCGGUGCUGGCUUAUGCUUUUUACACUCUAAUUCUUAUUAUUUAACCGGAGUGUUGAGUGUAAAGGAUCCAAAUACAAAUAACUCAGUCGCUGUGUUUACAGAAGUUAAGUACCACAUUCAAUGGAUUCGUGAACUGUAUAACAAACAUAACUAAUUCAUUAAGAUUAUAGUAAUAUUAUUAAAAUAAUUUGUUCUGAUUGUAAUUGAUAUCAAUACUUGUAUUAAAUAUUAAUGAUAUUAUGAUAUAAAAGGUAUUUACUAAUAAUAUGUAACAAUUUUUAACAAUUCAUUAAAUAAUUUAUUUAAAUUAAACAUAAUACAUAUUUUAUAAUACACAGGUAGUGCCUAAGCAUUAUAUACAUAGUUAACACAUACUAAACUCAAAUGGUUUAUAGCAUGUACCAAUUUUACGUUGUACGUUAAUUGUUUUAAAAAACAUUAGUAUACUUACGCCACGGGAGAAGUAACCCGUUUCGUUCAUGCAGAUUAAAGGCAGCGACUGUUACGAGGCCUCAUUUCCUCCACUUUUGUCAUUUAGUGUGACGCUGUGGCGUGCCAAUUUAAUUGUGACAUCGUGCAACGUUGAUAUUAUGUCAAAUAGGGGGUGAAUGCGUGUAUUUGAAAGCAAUUUGUUUGAGAUACGGGUUACUUAUCUCGUGGCGCGGAGGUAUUGCAUUUUAAAUUUGAAAUAUAACUACUAAUUUGAUUACU